CCAAGGACAGCAUCAUACUAUGAGUUGCCAAUUUCUUUUUCCUCUUUUGUUGUUAACAUACUAAGGUUUUUGCCUGGAGGAUUUGGUGAUCCCCUGCUACUAGACACGGAAGCCUGUUAAACGAAAGCUUCUUCUAUUCCGUCCACAACCAUUUGAACAUUGAAGGACAAGCGUACUGCUUGAUUUGUGGGUCACUUGUUUCUGUAUUGGCAGAUAUUUCUAAUAAAUUCAUCAUCGAAUAGUCGACAAUGUCAUCGAAGAUUCAGCUAUUUCGAAAUAUUCUCCGUGAACUUCGACAUGUUCGAAAGAAUCAAAAAGCGCCUUUUGACUAUUCACCAGUAAUGCAAUACGUUAUUUCUGAAUUUAGAAAUAAUCAUUUAACCGAUGCUCAAAAAUGUGCUAGAGAGAAUGAAAGUGUUCAUCUAGCUGAAACAUAUUUAAAUUAUUUGCAGAAUUUACGAAAACAUUCAGAGCUCGUGGAAUUGUAUAAAUCCAAAGAGAAAACAACUGAGGAAGCCGCUAAAAUGGUUGGAUUAGCUCUACCAGAAACAAAUUAUCAUGAAUGAUAAGAAUAUUUACAAUACUUUGCCUAGGAUAUAUUCCAUUGUAUAUUUUCAUUGUUAGAUAUUGUUUCUACCAUGAAUUCAUUAGAUGCUCAAAUAGGUUAAUAAGGCAAUAUCCAUAUACUUUUGUUCAUAUUGUUUCAAAAUUCGAUUUUGAUUUCAAAUAACCAAUAGUUAUCCUAUUUGUCUUCUGUAAAAUAGUUUUUCAAUACAGAACACUUACACACAUCAUGAAAAUCAACUGGUUCCUGUUGAUUUCGCUUAGUUUUUUUACUAACCCUUUCGUUGAAUGUCCCAUAAUCUUAAAUGAGGCAUAAACUGUCACCGUAUCUUGACUCGGCUGUUAUUUAUUACACUAUAAAAAAAUACUGACUAAUCAUUAUCCAUGAUUGUGUGGUGCGGUCUGAUUUGCUUGUAUAUAAACUGUAUCUGAAAUACAUGACUCAUGCAGUA